GCAAAAAAAAACUCCGGUGUUAAAGUGUGAUUUUUUACUGGUGUUCACUUUGAUUUACAUCAUCUCCACAUAUGACCAUUUUUUCAUCGAAAUUAGAAAAUUACUAUGCUUCGGUGUGCCAACAAUUCAAAAAUAAGACUAGAAAGUCUGUAAAAUAAAAAUUUCAAAACAAUUUGGUGCUGUAAAAUUUACAUUUUCCACAAAAAAAUUCUCGUCAUAAAAAAGUGUCAUGAAAACCAAAUGAAAGUGCCACUUGGAAAAUAGUAAAACAAAGUUUUCAAAUGUGAGUUUUAUUUUGGCUACAAAACAGACAAAACAUUGUUGCCAAAAAAAAACAGCGGAUUUUGCAACACAGACAUCUGAGAAAAAAAUCCUAACAGUCUGUCGAACAUCAGAUGCCAGGUGACGUUUAACUGCGGAUUUUUUUAUGGGUUUGUGGAAUUGAAAAAAAAAAAACCGAAAAAAGCAGACUUCCGUUUGCCUCGAUGCCAAAUGGACGGAUGACCAAAUGCGAGUCCUGUUUAUUUUUUGGGUUUCAAAACAAAGUUUUUAAUCUGCCAAACCCGACAACCAUCAUAACUGGCAACUCGAGCAAACUUCUGUGACAUUUUUCCACAACAACAACAACAUCGAAAUUUCCAUGAAAUUCUAAGUCCACCAAAAACUCCAAACAAAAUGGUUCUACUAAACCGUAAAGAUCAAAAAGGUGUGGCCUCACACACCGUUGGUGCCGGCUCCACCGAAACCCUCAAACAUGGUUGUCUGCCAAUCGGUUUACCACAACCAUUGGAAAUGGAAGAGAAGAAAUUCCUCCUGGCUGUGGAACGUGGCGAUAUAGCAAAUGUGCGAAGAAUCCUUCAAAAAGCCCAUCGCAAACACCACAUCAACAUCAAUUGCAUGGACCCCCUGGGCCGGCGUGCCCUCACCCUGGCCAUCGAUAAUGAAAAUCUGGAAAUGGUUGAGUUGCUGGUAAUCAUGGGUGUGGAGACCAAGGAUGCCCUGCUGCAUGCCAUCAAUGCGGAAUUUGUCGAGGCUGUGGAGCUUCUACUGGAACAUGAAGAGUUGAUAUACAAAGAGGGUGACCUAUAUAGUUGGCAAAAAGUUGACAUUAAUACCGCCAUGUUUCCGCCGGAUAUAACACCUUUGAUACUGGCAGCUCACAAAAACAAUUUUGAAAUUCUGAAAAUUCUUUUGGACAGAGGUGCGGCCGUUCCGGUACCGCAUGAUAUCAGAUGUGGUUGUGACGAAUGUGUCCGCAUGUCCAUCGAAGAUUCGCUGCGCCAUUCCUUGUCUCGUGUGAAUAUUUAUCGUGCCCUUUCCAGUCCAUCGCUGAUCUGUUUGACCUCCCAUGAUCCCAUUAUAACAUCAUUUCAGCUAUCCUGGGAUCUAAGGAAUUUAUCGAUUACUGAACAGGAAUCCAAAUCGGAAUAUGUGGAGCUGCGUCGCCAAUGUCAACAGUUUGCCGUUGAUCUACUCGAUCAAACUCGUACCUCCAAUGAACUGGCCAUAAUUUUGAACUAUGAUCCGGAUAUGUCAACAUAUCAGCCAGGUGAUCGCAUGUCCUUGUCGCGUCUGACCCAGGCGGUGUAUUAUAAGCAGAAAAAGUUCGUGGCCCAUUCCAACAUCCAACAAUUGCUCUCGGCCAUUUGGUAUGAAGGCCUACCCGGCUUCCGCCGCAAAUCUCUGUUGGAGAAAAUGAUUUGCAUUGCCCAGGUGGCCGUGUUGUUUCCCAUCUAUUGUAUGAUCUACAUGGUGGCGCCCAAUUGCAAGACCGGUGUGCUAAUGCGUAAACCUUUCAUGAAGUUUCUCAUUCAUGCCUCGUCGUAUCUCUUCUUCUUGUUUAUCCUUAUUCUGGUCUCCCAGCGUGCCGAUGAAGAUGUGAUACGCAUACUGGGCAGUGACCGGAUGAAACAGCAGCUGCUCGAGGAGAAAAUGCGUCAACGGGGACGGGGUCCAACAAAACUGGAGCUACUGGUGGUGCUGUAUGUCUUUGGAUUUAUGUGGGAAGAGGUCCAGGAAAUCUUCAAUGUGGGCAUGAAAUGUUACCUGAGGAAUAUGUGGAAUUUCAUAGAUUUCCUGAGGAACAGUCUGUACAUCAGUGUGAUGUGUAUGAGGACCUUUGCCUAUAUCCAACAAUCCCGUGAGAUUUCCAAGGACCCUAAAAUGGCCUUUGUCCCACGCGAGCAGUGGGAUGAUUUUGAUCCCCAGCUGAUUGCAGAGGGUUUGUUUGCCGCCGCCAAUGUUUUUUCUGCCCUGAAGUUGGUCCACAUGUUCUCGAUUAAUCCCCACCUGGGUCCCCUGCAAAUCUCCCUGGGCCGCAUGGUCAUUGAUAUUGUAAAAUUCUUCUUCAUCUACUCCUUGGUUUUGUUCGCCUUUGCCUGUGGCCUAAAUCAGUUGCUGUGGUAUUUUGCUGACUUGGAGAAAAGCAAAUGUUAUGUUCUACCCAAUGGAGAGGCGGACUGGGCGGGCCACUCGGAUUCCUGCAUGAAAUGGCGUAGAUUUGGCAACUUGUUCGAAUCUUCGCAAUCAUUGUUUUGGGCCAGUUUCGGCAUGGUUGGCCUCGAGGACUUCGAGUUAACUGGCAUUAAAUCCUACACACGUUUCUGGGGUCUGCUCAUGUUCGGUUCGUACAGUGUCAUCAAUGUGAUUGUCUUGUUGAAUCUGCUAAUAGCCAUGAUGUCCAAUUCCUAUGCCAUGAUUGAUGAACAUUCCGAUACCGAAUGGAAAUUUGCACGUACCAAACUCUGGAUGAGCUAUUUCGAAGACAGCCCCACGCUGCCGCCACCCUUCAACAUUCUGCCCUCCGUUAAGUGGCUCAUUAGGCUGUUUAGGAAAUCAAGCAAAGAGAUUGAUCGCAAACGCAGCAAGAAACGUCAUGCCAAGGAACAGGACAAUGCCUAUGAGAACAUCAUGCGUUCUCUGGUCUGGCGUUAUGUGGCCGCCCAACAUCGUAAGUUCGAGGAUAAUCCCGUUACGGAGGACGACAUCAACGAGGUGAAGAGUGAAAUUUCCACAAUGCGUUAUGAGAUGUUGGACAUCUUUGAGAGCAGCGGCAUGGAUGUAACAUCGGCAGCGAAGAAGGAGAAACCCUGUCGUGCCAAGAAGACCAAAGUCUGGGAACGGCGCCUUAUGAAGGGCUUCCAAUUGGGUCCCGUGGAAAAUGUCAACGAUGAGAAGGCAAUAAUAAGGAAUAAUGGCAACGUGAACGGAGCCGGUGAUAUGAAUGAAAUCAAGAUCGAAAAGGAGGCGUCUCGGCCACUCAAUGAAACGCCGAAACAGAAAUUCCAAAGAGUAGCAAGGCAGGUGGCAGCCCAGUCGACGGCUCACAAAUGGACGGUGGUGAUACAGGGCACGCUGAAGAACUCACAAAUUGGACGCUCCAAUCAGGAUUCGGCGAAGAAUUUGCAACAGCUUAACAAGGCCAUUGAGGAAGCUAAGAAGUUAAUACUCCACACCCCCGACCAUGUCUCGGGUCGUGACUCCCCCAUUGCCGUGGAGUUUGAAGAUGAAAAAGCCGAAACCCUCUUGGAGUUAUUGAAUCAAAUUAGCGAGGAAUUGUCCAGCGAGUCAAGCUCCGGCAACCGCCCAAAUGUGGAAGAGGUGAAAAAGAAGUUCCUCCAAUAUCAAAAGACCCCACCCGGUACAGAAGCCAAGUCAAAUUUGAAGGAUAGCCAGCCAUCGGCUCGAACAAAAUCCCCAGCCAGCAAAACGGUGACAACAAGAUCUCAAACAGCACCAGAAAUACAGAGGAACAAAAAUUUGGCGCCCAACCAGGGGCCACCGGUUAGUCACAAAUCUAGAAAACCUGAAAAUGUGGCAGCAGGCUCUUCUCAAAAAUCCAAGAAAAUUGAAGAAUUGACAUUGUCGGCUGGCAAAUUAUCCUCCAUGAAGAAGGCAGCACCCCCUGCCCCCGGAGGUGCCAAACCCCAAGAUGGAUCCAGCAGAACUCCGUUCUCGGUGGAAUUGAAUAGGCCAGGUCAUCGCCAUGGCUAUGACAAUAGAACCCUGAUUUCAACGGCCAAUAUGGAUUUCAAUGUUGUGGAUUUGGAUGAUUAUGACAACGGCAUGACGGAUGAUAUCUCCCAAAUUAGUGGAGAGUAUCAGUAGAAGGAUGGAAUUUCGAGGGAGCCAAAAGACGUUAGAAGUAGUGCAUAGUUUUGAAUUGGGCGAAUUUUUUGCGAAUCAUUCUUAUGAAAUGUGCCUUAAAUGAUUUUAAGAAAAAUAAAAAAUAUAUUUUGGAAAAGUUA